UGGAAAUGACAAAACGCUGAUAUUUGCAGGAGCUGUGCGCGGAAACAGAGGGAUGUCGGAGGCGUGUAGUAGUAGCGCCACUCAGACGUCAGCCUCCUCCAGACAUUAGUGCAGAUCUGUUGUGAGCAGGAAGGUCAGUUGUUGAUCCUGGAGUCCGCUGGCGCCCUGGACGUACCUUUCCCUUUUUGGCGUGUAGUGUACACUAGCUAACUACACUCGUUUUUCGAGGUUGCUCAGCGACAGACAGACAGGCUGUUGUGUUUCGGUAGGCUUAAACCAAUCCUUGCGCGUUUUGUAAUGAAGGGGAGGAAAGUGAGCGCUGUGAAUGUGUUUCCGCAGGCUAAAACAGAGCAGUUUGAUCCAGGACACUGAAUACUAUAACUGUAAACUGAUAUACAGCAUAUAACUCUGUUUUACUUUAUUGCUGCAUGUCUACACCAAAGGUUGACGUUUUUUUUUUUAUCCCUGUCUGUCAUGUAUUGUAAAAAAAAAAAAAAAAAAAAUCACAACUAAAAGCUGUGAAACAUCCAGACUAAUAUCUGAUACACGUCUGCAGAAUAUGGUUUGUUUUUUGCUGCUGGGAGCUGUUGGGGUCUGUCAGCUCAUAUUACCACCACAUGCUCCUUCAGCAUGUGGCCUGUCACACUUCACUCCAUGCCUCCUGAUAGAAAACUAACAAAUGUCUACGCUUGCUUAAUGUCUGUUUGUUUUGUCUGUUUUGGUAAUAACCUCCAAAAAUAGUCUUCCUCUUUCUGUCUUUCAUACAUCUUCUAACUGUCCUGUGUCUUUGACUUUCUUGAUGUGGGUGGUUUUGUUUCUUGCCUGUCUCUGUUUGUACACACUGUUGACUGUGCUGCUCCGUGUGUCGACGUGUGUGACUGAGAGCUUCUCCUCUGUGCCUGUUCAGCAUAAGCUGAAAUCUUCACAGAAGGACAAAGUGCGACAGUUUAUGUCCUUCACGCAAGCAGGCGAGAAGACAGCUGUGUACUGUCUUACUCAGAAUGACUGGAAACUAGAGGUGGCCACUGACAACUAUUUCCAAAACCCGGAUCUGUACUUCAAGGAAUCCAUGAAAACCUCAGUAGACCGAAAGAAGCUGGAGCAGCUCUAUAACAGAUAUAAAGAUCCCCAGGAUGAGAACAAGAUUGGGAUUGAUGGAAUUCAACAGUUUUGUGAUGACCUUAACCUUGACCCGGCCAGCAUAAGCGUUCUUGUAGUAGCAUGGAAGUUCAGAGCAGCAACCCAAUGCGAGUUCAGCAAAAAGGAGUUCCUUGAUGGCAUGACUGAACUUGGAUGUGACAGUCCAGAAAAACUCCGUAGUCUGCUUCCUCGAUUGGAACAGGAACUGAAAGACAGUGGAAAGUUCAAGGACUUCUACCAGUUUACGUUUAAUUUUGCAAAGAAUCCUGGGCAGAAAGGUUUAGAUUUGGAGAUGGCAGUCGCUUACUGGAAUCUAGUUCUGAUAGGCCGUUUCAAGUUUCUUGACCUUUGGAAUAAAUUUUUAUUGGAACACCAUAAGCGAUCAAUCCCCCGGGAUACCUGGAACUUGCUUCUAGAUUUUGGCAACAUGAUUGCGGAUGAUAUGUCAAACUAUGAUGAGGAAGGUGCAUGGCCGGUCCUAAUAGAUGACUUUGUGGAAUUUGCUCGGCCGAUCGUGACUGGAUCAAAGCGCAAAAGUGUAUAGAUGUAUUGAUGGUGGCAUUUUGACGCCAUGGGUUUGUGUUGCCUCACUGACUUCAGUUUAUUUUUUAAAAGACUUGUAUGAAACACAUACAAAAAGGAAAACAUGGAGAAACACUUGAAACCGGUGAGAUUGUUGAAGAGAAAAGGGGAUAUAAGGGACUCAAACCUUCAAGCAAUACAAAGAAGAAGAAAAAAGCAGGUGAAAGUGGGAUACUCAAAAUUUCUUUCAGAGCUGUCACAUGCACAAUGUCAGCUGCUGCUGCUGGCAAAGUAAUCCUAUCCAGAGACCCUGAGGGAUUCUGGAGGAUCUCUGCAAAUCCUGUACCUCAUUCCCAUUGCAGACAAUUACACACUUGCACACCUCCCACAUUUACAUCCAUAAAUCAUAGAAAACUAGAGGAGUAUGAGACAAAAUGUGGUUCAAGAGCCCUUUUUCCAAGCAUGCGUACCUCCAGUAGGACUCGACAAGAUGAAUUAAUCAGAUGCACUUUUAAAACCAGAGCCCCAUGGACAGAGCAACAUGCAGCUCAUGCCACCAGCACACUUGUUGCCGUUGUAAAAUACUGUAGUGGUAUGUACAGAAAUAAAUAUUAUAAAUAAACAAUAUUUUAUAAAGUAUAAAAGAACCAUUUAUUAAUAUGUGGAGAACAAAUUGUGUAAAUGAAUUAAUGACAUAUUCAAUGCAUCAAUCACAUAAGGUUUCAUUUUUCGACCACAUAUUACACUCUGCUGUCUUGCAGAAUCUGUUGUGACAAGAAUGCCAUUCAGUGUUUCUCAGUUUUGUUUACCAGAUGCCAGAAUUAUGUUAUAAAAUAAAUUAUUGCCUCAAUGUA